AUGGAUCAAAUCAAUUUGUCUAUUUUUAUCCCAUUUAUGCCAGGUCUACAAAUAAAGAAGAGUGAUUUCACUGCAGUUGGAAAGUGUUCGGAUGAGGAGGCAGAACGGAUUCUCUUUGACUUUGGAAUUGAGUUGGAUGACAUUGUGGAUGUUAAUGGCGAGAAGGAGUACAAACUUGACAUUGCUGCAAACAGGUACGACCUACUCUGCAAAGAGGGUCUCAAUAGGGCAAUUGGAAUGUACCUGGGAAAUGAGUUUAGGCAGGAAGAAGAGUACGAAACCAGUAGUGAAAUAAGGGUAGUACAAAAUGAGACUCAUGAAAGGAAGCAUAUUGCCUGUGGAAUACUAAGAGGGGUCAACCUGGACUACGACAGUUUCAUAGGCUACCAAGAGAAGCUUCAUUCUACGAUAGGAAGGGGAAGAGUUGCCGUAGCAAUUGGAACCCACGACCUGAGUCGAAUCAGGGGCGUAGUCGAGUACAGCAGUAGAAGAAUGAGUGAAAUCAGCUUCAAGCCACUGAAUGGAACCAGGGUCGUAAAUGGGACAGAACUGGUGAAUGAGACUGGAGAACACCUUCAAAAGUAUUUUGGAAUUCUGACUGACCCAAACAGGGCAGUUGUGUUUGAGUCUGAUGGAAAUGUCCUAUCAGUUCCACCAAUUAUCAACAGCGACUACUCGAAAAUAGGUAGAUCCACUAGGGACAUCUUCAUUGAGGUGACUGGAACCAACUUCAACAGGGUCAACCAGGUGCUAAUUCUGCUUCUGGUGAACUUCAAGGGAACUGGUAGAAUUGAGCGUGUUGAAAUUCAGAAGGGUGAAACCAAAAUUGUUACGCCUGUUCUUGAGAAGGUGUCCUGGUCGUUCACCUUUGAUGAAAUCAGGGUGAAAACUGGAUUAGAGUUGUCACCUGAGAGGGUGGAGGAGUUCCUUAGGUCGAUGCAGUACCGGUACGAGAGGAGUGGCAGGAGCAUCAGGGUGUGGCCGAUGCAUAACAGGAUGGACGUGAUUGGGAAGUGCGACGUGAUUGAGGACCUGCUUGUUUGCUACGGAUUCAACAACGUAUCGAGGGCGAAUCCAAACAACUUCUACUCGAUUGGAAGAGAGGAGCCACUAAACAAGUUCAGUGACAAAAUGAGGGAGGAGAUGGCCAUGGUCGGCUACAACGAGGUGAUGACCCUGACACUUCUGAGCAGGAAGGAGAAUGUCUGUAACCAGAGGAUGGUGGUCGUAAGCAGGGCCAAAUCACGGGAAUACGAGGGAGUGAGGACGAGUCUGCUUCCAGGAAUAGUCAAAAGCGUGGGAUCGAACCUGAGUGCGAGACUGCCCCUGCGACUCUUUGAAAGCAGUGACGUGGUGGUCGUGGGCGAGAAGCCCCUGAACAGGAGGAUGCUCGCUGGCAUCUACGCCGGAAGGAGUUCGAAGUUGGAGGAGAUGAUUGGGACAAUCAGUCUCCUUUUCAAGAAGAUUCCUGGUGCCCUGAAAUUCAGUUCCAUUUCUGGUGAGGUUGAAACAAACUGGGUAUUUGAUGAUGGUCGAAUGAAGACGUGCUUUAUUCCAAGUCAGGCUGCACGGAUCCACCUGAAUGGGAGACACGUUGGAUACGUUGGAGUUGUGAAUCCAGCUGUAAACAGACAGUUUAAGGUGCCAUAUCCAAUGAGUGCAUUUGAAAUAGAUUUAGAAUUGGUAUACUCACUAAUUGAAAGGGAGGUAUGA